AUGUCUUCAUCCUAUACAAAAGAGCAAGAAUCAAUAGUGUUAAAAGUAUUGUCGUACAAGCCUCAUCAGUUUUAUGAAAUAUUGUCGGUGGAGAAAUCCGCCAGUGAUGGCGAAAUAAAAAAAUCGUACAGGAAACUAGCAAUAAAGUGCCAUCCUGAUAAAAACCCUCAUCCAAGAUCAUCGGAAGCUUUCAAGAUAUUGAACAAAGCAUGGGAGGUGUUGAGUGAUCCACAAAAGAAGAAGAUAUUUGACCAAACUGGUUCAGACCCAACCUCGAGAAUCAAUAACUCCAGCGCGGCGUCUGGUGGGUUUACAAGUAGUUCAUUUUCUGGAAGAUCUGGGUUUGCAAAUAAUCCGUUCGAAGAUGAAUUGUUCAAUAUGUUUUUUGGUGGUGGUGGCGGCGGUCCACGGGGCAGUCCUUUUGCAUCAGGGCCAACAUUCACAUUUGGUGGAAAUGGAUUCACAUUCCAAUCAUUUGGAAAUGGGGGUGCUGAUCCAUUCAUGAGGCACAGAAGAACAACAAGAAGACCCAGGGCCCAAUCGCCCAAUGGAAUGGGACAAACUGGUCCUAAUGGAGAAGAACAACCACCAUCUUUGUUUGAAGCAUUAAAGGGUCUAUUACCUAUUUUGAUGCUUUUAAUUGUGCCAAUAUUGUCAACCAUAUUUUCGAGCGACACGUCGCCAGAGUAUUCUUUUGUUCCAUCUCAGGAAUACAAUAUACAAAGAAAUACACCUAAGUAUAAUAUACCAUUUUAUGUUACUGACAAAUUCCAAGAAAAACAUGGUUCGAAGUCCAAAAGACAAUUAAGAAAUUACGACUCCAAAGUAGAAAACUUGUUUAUAUCAGAUAAGCGUGCCAAGUGUUCAAAGGAGCAAAUACACAAAGACCAAUUGAUUGAAGAUGCAUAUGGCUGGUUUAGCGUUGAUAACGAGAAAUUGCAGCGGGCAGAAAAUUUCCCAACACCAAAUUGUGACAUAUUGAAAGGCUUAAAUUUACUUUAG